CUCCAUUGCCUGCCCCAACAAACUACUGUCACUCAGCAUCAAUUCAGUUUUAUUAUAUAUUCUUCAUCUUCCUCAACUGCUAGUUCUCAAAACUAUCAAAACAGAACUAGCUAGAGUUAAAGAAACGACGAGGGAUCAUUGAGGAUAAUGGUGUUCUUUUGUUUCCUGGUGGAUCAGAGGAGGGAGAUGCAGCGGAGCAAGCCGGCGGCGGGGAUCUGCUCACGGUGUGGCGGAGGAGCUAGUGUGGCGGAUAUGAAGACGGCGACGAGGUUUUGCUAUGUCCCUUUUUACUGGAAAUCAUGGAGGGCACUUGUUUGCACUUUUUGUGGAGCUGUUCUUCGUUCUUACCAUUAGUUUGAGAGUAAUUAAUUAACAUUGAUAUUAUGUAUGUGGUUAGGAGAAUUGAAGUAGCUAGAGUAUAACUAUAGGGGGCUUUGUUUACUCAUGUCUCCUUGGUAGUGGUUUCUGGUUGGUUGCUAACUCAUGAAUAUGGAAUGAUGUGAUGAUGAUCAUGCUCUUCCUGUGAUUCUAUAUAUCUUUAUUAAUGUCUACUACUAGUACUAAUACUUUUUGAUAUUCUUUCUUA